AUGGAAAAGGGGCUUAAUCGAUAUGAAAUCAAACGAUACAGCCGACAUUUACUUUUACCUCAGCUCGGUGUCAUUGGCCAGCAAAAAAUCAACCAAGGCAAAGUAUUGAUUGUAGGUGCUGGAGGUUUGGGAUGUCCGGCAGCGUUAUAUUUAACCUCUUCUGGUGUAGGUACAAUCGGUAUAGUGGAUUAUGAUGUAGUGGAAUUGGAUAACCUACAUCGGCAAAUUCUGCAUAGAGAGAAUAAAUUAGGCACACCUAAAUAUAAUGUUGCUACAAGAUAUCUACUUAAUGAUGCUUGCGUCUUAUGCAAAAAACCGUUAAUUUCUGGCAGUGCCUUAAGAUUUGAAGGCCAACUAACUGUAUAUAAUUGUAAUAAUGGGCCUUGCUAUCGAUGCUUAUUCCCUACUCCUCCGCCCCCAGAAACUGUCACAAACUGUUCGGAUGGGGGUGUGCUCGGCGUAGUUCCCGGUAUUAUAGGUCUUAAUCAAGCCUUAGAAGCCAUAAAAAUUCUGACUGGAUUACAACCUGCAUAUUCACAACGUAUGCUACUGUUUGAUGCAUCGAGUGGCUCUUAUCAUGUAUUCAAGUUAAGAAAUCGUCGGCCAACUUGUCCUUUAUGUGGUGAUAACCCUACUAUUCAUGAGCUCCAGGAUUAUGUCCAGUUUUGUAAAGCCUCAGCAACAGAUAAGGCACGUCAAAUUGAGUUACUGACACCGGAGGAAAGGAUCUCAGUUGAUGAUUAUAAAAAAAUUUAUGAUGAAGGUCAAAAUCACGUACUAUUGGAUGUUCGCGAAGAAGUAGAAUACAACAUAUGUCGCCUACCGCAAUCUAUUAAUAUCCACCAAUAUCUCAUAACAAACGAUCUACUAUCGAUUUUAAAUCAAAUUGUAUUACAGUAUAUGAUAAAAUUAAAGCAAAAUCCUAUUUACGUAGUGUGUCAUCACGGCAAUGAUUCUCAAAAAGCAAUAAAAAGACUACAAGAAAUAAUCUCGGAUUGGGAGCAAAAUAUUAUAUAUAAAGAUAUCGAAGGAGGCCUUGACUAUUGGGCUAAAAUUGUUGAUAAUGAAUUUCCAGAAUACUAA